AUGUCGAAGAAGCCCGAGCUCGCCGCGGAUGACCCUAUGCGAACAUUCCUUCCAACGUCAUUCGGUACCAAGACAAAAGAAGCCAACAUACAGGAACAGCUGGAGAGGAGCAGGCGAAAAGCAGCAGGUCCACCACCCGACAGGCAAAAAAAGAAGUCGGGCUCAGCAAGUGACAGCGACAGCGACAGCGAUGACGACAGCGACGACGACAGCGACGAUGACGACGAAUACCCAGUCUCCCACGAGCUGGUGCUGAAGACACACGAACGGGCUGUCACGAGCUUGACACUCGAUCCCGCCGGCGGUCGCCUGGCCACGGCCUCGAUCGAUGGAACAAUCAAUUUACACGACUUUGCGGCCAUGACGCCAACGACGCUGCGCGCCUUCAAGACUGUCGACCCAUGGGCCGCCAAGAAUGCUGCUGCCAGUGACGAGUCGCAUCCGAUUCACCACAUCGAGUUCAACAGUUUGGCCGGAAACGCCUUCCUCUGCAUUUCGGCGCAUCCCCAGGCGAAGAUUAUCAGCCGCGAAGGAGAUAUCUUGACCGAGUUUGUCAAGGGAGAUAUGUACCUGCGGGACAUGAACAACACCAAGGGCCACAUCUCCGAAGUCACGACGGGUACCUGGCAUCCGACAGAUAGGAACCUGUGCGUGACUGCAGGAACCGACAGCACACUACGCAUCUGGGACAUCAACAACAAGCGAUCACAGAAGGAGGUUAUCGUCUUCAAAUCCAAAGCGCAGGGAUCAGCGGGUCGUACGCGCAUGACGGCUGUCGCAUGGGGUGCGCCGGCACAAGGGAACGGCAAUGUGCUGGUCGCAGCAGCGUACGACGGGACGCUGGUCAUGUACAGCGGCAACAGCCCAUUCUCGAGGCCAGCAGCCGAGGUACAUGAGGCGCAUAGGCCGAAUACCUGGACUGGCGGUAUUGACAUGUCGUCUGACGGACGGAUGGUCGUCACACGGGGAGGCGACAACACCAUCAAGUUAUGGGACACCCGAAAGCUCAAGACGCCGCUGGUGACGGUCGAUCACCAGUCGACGUCGGACCAGUUCAACAUGACGAACAUCAAGUAUGCACCUAAUUCCACGAGCAUCCUGACGGGCUCGGCGACAGGAGACCUGCACAUCUUAAACCCGGGGAACCUGCGACCAGAGCUCGUCACUCCGAUCACGCCGGGAUCACCGCUGAUCACGGUGGAUUGGCACCCAAAGAUCAACCAAAUCAUGACGGGAUCGGCCAACGGCGAGACACAUGUCUUGUUUGACCCGACGAGAUCCACGCGCGGUGCAGUCGAUGUCAUGUCGCGCGCCCCGAAGAAGCGCCACAUUGACGACAACUCGGCGCUGACAAUGGACAUGUCAGCGGGCAUCUCGGGCGACUCGAUCGUGACGCCGGGCGCCAUGAACAACAGCAGAAAGGCUGGACGAGGCAAAGAGGUCAUGCGACCGGAAGCCCAACAGCAAACGCCGUUCAUGAAGAACCAACCCGAUUCAAAGCACAUUGCGGAGAACAUCCCGCUGGCUCGCAUGCUGCACGAGGAUCCCAGAGAGGCGUUGCUGAAAUAUGCCGAAGCCGCGCAGAAGGAUCCUCAGUUCACGGGUGCUUGGAAAGACACGCAGCCGGUCACACAGUAUGCCGAGUUGAGCGACGAUGAAGAUGAGGGGCCAGACAAGAAGAGGGCAAGGAGGUAA